GGUACAUUCUCUCAAGCUAAAACUAAAAACAAAGAAGCAAAGAGAGAGAAAAAAACUCACUCUCUCCUUUUUUUCUCCUACCAUAAACUGAAUAUCAACUCUCCUUUUUUUUGGGCUCUACAACAUAUAAUUUGUAAGCCAAUCAUUUUCUCUUCAAGGCCGAUGGAUUCGCCUAGUACCCAAAAGGCUAAACCGAGAAAGAUGAAGGCUGUUGUGAAGAAGUCUCGAGUCCAAAAACUCUUGGAUUUGUUUUACCGAGUGGUCGAGAUAACAGUAGUUAUGGUUACAGUGGCCAAGCUCUGUUACCAACUAGUCACCAUGUUCGAGGACUCUGGUCUCACACGUUUCCUCAUCAACCGUCACCUUGCUUUCCUCUUGGGGAACGCGAUAGUCAUCGCUGUAGUCGCCAAGUGCGGUCUUUUUGCGAAUCAAGAACCACACGCACGGAGAAACAGCAAUGAUUUUUACGACGAGUUUGUUCAGGAGGAGAGCUCGAGAAGAGAGCAGAGUUUACAUGCAGAUGUGACAUGCAGAGAAAAACAGAGCAGCGAAGAAGACAUAUCAAAACAGAGCAUGCUGGAGAAGAACAGGGCAAAACAGAGUACUGAAGAUAACAGAGAGAAACAGAGUACUGAGAAGAAGGACAUAAGUGUAAAGAGACAGAAACAAGUCAUCACCCAAAAACAGGAAAGCCCGAGGAAGAGUUACGAAAGGAGUGGGUGUGAGAAGCUCGAGGGCUCGAAGAAGAGUUCUUGUGGUUGUGGAAGAUUGAUGAGAUCGGAGACUGAGAGACCUGCUGAAGUUUCUGAUGAUGAACUCAGGUACAAGAUCGAGUCUUUCAUUGCGAGACAGAGGAGGAACCAAAAGGAUGAAGAGUUUUGUAUUGUUUAGAUAAGUACUAAGAAAAAAGCAAGGAGAAAAAAAGAAGAAGAAAAACUUUUUGUUUAUGCAACAAAUAACAUUCACAUAUGUGUGUUUGUAAAUAUAAGGGUGAAAAUAUUUGAAAGCCCCAGCAUAAAAUGUUGUUUUAGCUUUUCUCUUUCUUUUUUUUCCUUUGUAAAAUUUUGUUCCAUCUUAUAAGCUAUAUAAUCUAUAUUUUCUGUAAAA